ACAUCCUAACCUUCAGAUCGUCCAGGGAGAUAUCUGUGAUAUAGAGAGCUAUGCUACAUCAUUCAAAGAUAAGGAUGCAAUACUAUCUGCAUUUGGAAGUCCUUAUCACAGUAUAUUCAACCCUACGACCAUGUACUCCGAGUCAAUGAAGGGAAUUAUGGAAGCCAUGAAAAGGCAUAAAGUAAGCAGGUUGAUUGUUGUCACAUCAUGGGGAACGUGUCCAGGACCUAAUAACCAUUGGUUUAUGGAGUGGUUCUUGAAGCCUUUUAUUUUAAAUGGAAUAAUAAAAGACAUGGCUGUCAUGGAAAAGAUGGUUGAAGAGAGUGACCCCAGUGAAAUCAAUUACACUUUUGUCAGGCCUGCAGGAUUAACAGAUGAUCCUCCUAAUGACAACUACAAGGUAGAGGAAGGAUACUGCAACACAAACACUACAAUGAGUAUUCCCCGUGCCGAUGUAGCUGCCUUCAUGUUGGAGUGUUUGAAUAGUAGUGAGUAUGACAGGAAGGGCAUGGCAAUUGCUAGCUUACGAGACAAAUAAUUAAUACACACAAUCAGGUUGAUUUUUGGCAUAAUUUACAAAGUUAUUUGUGAAGCAUUUCUCGAUAGUUUAUUUCUUUUAUAUUUUAAUCUUAAAAAAAAACAAGACAAAUAAAAGAGAAAAAAGAGUAAAGAUACAAGGGCUAAGCUUAAGAUCCCUUUGUUAGAUUUAUAUGAACAUCAAUGAUUAUAAAAAUCAGAUACAAUAAGUGUUUUUUCUUUCUCUCUAUCAGUUACUUAUUAAACAAUUAUACAUGGUCACAUUUUAUAUACAAAUGUUCUUAAUGCCUGCACUAUUAUGUAGUGUUUUAAAUAGAUAAUAAUGCUAGCUUUACUACGUAUUCCUUGGUCUACAUAAAUCUCACAUGAUAUAUAUUGUCAUUACUAGUAGGACUACUAGUAGUACUAAAAAAACGUUGAAUGCCACCUAAUUCAUCUCAUGAAUAAAUGCAGAAGAUCAAUGAACAGAAGAGACAAGCCAGUUCUCAUGAUUUCAACGUAAGCAGGAAUAUCCUCCAUUGACAUAACUGACCUCAUUUUCAUGUUCACAUAACCAGUCUCCCACUCGUUUUCCCAAGAUAUGAAUAAGUGUUUUUUUGUCAUAUUAACAAUUGUUUUGAUUUGUAACUUUGUAUUUCUACACAGAACGUUAUUUUAUUAAUAAAACAACAAUAAUAAAUGAUAAGUAAAGACA